GAAGAUGAUUUCAAUUCAGUUGAUGAUUGACUUUCACGUCUGUUGGAUCGCCGCAGCAUCGGAACGACCGGUGACCGUUCCGAACGGUUGCUGAUUUCGAAAAAAAAACCGGAACUAGUGCCUAGUGUCUGUUAGUUGCUACUCCGGACGGUACACCUAAAACCGUCUGCUUCUUUCGCUAACUUCGCCAGCUUUUGAAACUUUCCAAGACGGGAAGGAAAUCUUCCUUCGCACAGUUUUGCUCGCCUUGUUUCUGUGACCGAAAGUGUGCUGAAAAUAUUCACCAACAGCACCGCAGCACCAACGAUCGAUCGCAGUUUUAGGUGAUAGUGGCCGCCGACUCGAUUAGUCAUACUUUUUCUUGUCCGUGCUCAGCGAAAACGGCUUCUGGAUGGGACACGCAGUUCUAUAAUUAAAAAAGCAAAAAAAGGCAAUCGCACCAAAUCGACGACGGCACGACACUGAGUGGUUGUUAUUUGUUUUUAUUACCACUGGUCACACCAGGCACAUGCGAAACGCGACACCAACGGUGGUGGUGGUGGUGGUGGUGGUGUGCAGUCCGACCGUGACCUUGUUUGGGUGAACCUUUUCCAAGAUUUCCUUGCGCCGGCACCCAGAAAUGGUUUAAAGGAACGGUUGAAAGUUUUUCGAUCGUACGUGUGUAUGUAUGUCCGGUAUAUCAGUGGUGCUGUAUUUAAAUGGUUAUGAUCAAAAAGGAGCACCAAUGAUUAAAUGACCUUUGCCAAAUAUCGAAGUGGAUCGAAUCAAGCUCGUAAAAUUUAUACAACGGAUGUAGUUUAGAAAGUGUGCGAAUGCAACACGAUCUUUAUACGACGCACGAAUUGAGCACACCAGCAAGAAGGAUCACCCUCCCUGUUUUUGCACCCAACCCGACCGAACACACAGCAACAUUCCACAGUUUCUUCUAAUUUUAACCGUCCGUUUCGGUGGUGCACUUUGCAAAAGAACAGACGGACGGAUUCAGUCUGGAAAGACAGCAUGGAGCAUUGUUUUACUCGAUAACGGUGCACACAGAGAAAACCCGCAGAGACCGGUGAAUCUAACGGGAUCACGACGUUACAUACCCGCUGCUUUGGCAAACGGGUCGCUGCCCAUCUUGCCGCGAGAAGAAACACUGCUUUCUUUCAAAAUACUUUAAAUUAUCUAGACAGCAAACAGCACGAUUCUGUGCUACGUGACGAUAACGUGAAAGGUUGCGUUGUUUGCGGCAAGAUCGUGUCUUCUAUCGGGUGCUGUUGUUGUAGGGGUCGAUCUACCCUCGACAGCUUCAAAAGGUUCGAACGCGUUUAGUGUCUCAAGACACUACUCAUAUCAACAGAUAUACCCCCCUGUCCCAAUGGACACGGUUAGCAGACAGAGCGGCAGCCGAUCGAUGAUAUUCGUAGCGUUACUUCUAUUUCUCAUUGCAGAAGUGGAACAAGUGAUGGGUAUCAAAUGCUACCACUGCACGGUGGCACCUCCGAGUCGGCAUCAAAAUAACACCAAAACGCAGCUAUGCUCCAAAUUCGACGAAUCCAGCUACUAUGAAGUAGACUGUCCAUGGUCGACCAUGUGCAUGAAGCGCAUCUUCAAGCUGAAACUACUGAAGGGCGAACAGGAAACGGUAAGCCGUGGUUGUGCCCAGCAAAAGAACACAGAACAGGUUUACAAAUCUGGUUCCUGGACACCGCAGCAUAAUAUCGAGGAACCGUACACGGAGGGUUGCCAAACGAUAGACGAUUCGAUGUACUGCUUUUGCCGGGGGUCUCUCUGCAAUUCGGCUACGAAAGUAUCGGAUAGGGCCAACUAUCAUACGGACGCGAUGGCCGUUAUAUUUGUGUUCAAUGUGAUGAAAUACAUUCGCAACAUAGAGCACUGAGCACUAAGCGAACGGAAAGAAGUAAAAAAGUAAUAAGCUAAGUACAGUAAGUGAUCGACAGGUUUCAACAUCUGAUCAUAAUGUGAUACUGAAGUGCUGUCCCACGUGACAAUGCUUCAAAAAAUAUGCCUUUACUCAAAGUGCGGCAAAAAUAAAAUGAUUUGUUGUAUUGUUAUACGCGUUUUGCUAAUACUCACUAGUGUGUAUACAGGUUAAUAGAUAUGGAUGGAAUAAAACAAAAAACAAAACGCA